AUGGACAAAUUCCAUGUACCGAGUGUUCCGUCGACGAGUAGAAGUAGUGAUAGCAUCGAGCCCGAAAAAAAGAAACAAAAGUUAGUGCGCCGGCAGUAUAGUGGUGAUUAUUUAUCUUACGGUUUUUUUUGGUGUGGUGAUAAAACGUGCCCAAUCCCUGAGUGUAUUGUUUGUGGUGAAAAACUUACUAAUGCUGCUAUGGUUCCCAGUAAAUUGAAACGACAUUUGUCAACAAAACAUUCUUCUCUGUCAAGCAAAGAUGUCAAUUAUUUUCGUCGGUUGUUGGAACAAAACCAAAAACAAGCAGCAUUCAUGACUACAACAGUAUGUGUUUCGGACAAAGUACAGGAAGCUAGCUAUAAAGUAGCCGAACUUAUCGUAAAGGCCAAAAAACCACAUACAAUAGCUGAAACGUUAUUAAUGCCUGCUUGUAAAGAGAUGGUGAAAAUAGUCCUGGGUUCAGAAGCUGCUAGUGAAAUAUCAAAAAUUCCUCUUUCUGCUGACACAAUCAGUCGCCGAGUUAUUGAGAUGUCCAGUGACAUUGAAGACAUUAUGAAGGAGAAAAUCAAGAGCAGUGGAAAGUUCUCACUUCAGAUCGACGAGUCCACCGAUAUUAGCGGCCACGCACAACUUCUUGCUUAUAUUCGGUACAUCGAUGGUAAUGUAAUUGCAACUAAUUUCUUUUUUUGCAAACAACUUCCCGAGCGAGCCACUGGUGAAGAAAUAUUUCGUGUAACUAACGAAUAUGUGCUCAAAAAUGAAUUAAAAUGGAAGGACUGUGUUAGUGUUUGUACAGACGGAGCCGCAGCUAUGACAGGCCGAGUGAAAGGAUUUGUAGCUCAAGUACGUGAAAUUAAUUCUAACAUACGAUGCGAUCAUUGUCUUAUUCACCGCGAAGCCAUUGUUGCUAAAUCUUUGCCACCUUCUCUGAAAGUUGUGCUGGACGAAGUAGUAAAAGUCGUAAACUUUGUCAAAUUGCGACCCCUAAAUUCGCGGCUAUUUUCCGUUUUGUGUCAGGAAAUGGAAUCAGAACACACCACACUCCUGCUACAUACAGAAGUACGGUGGUUAUCAAGAGGAAAAGUAUUAACGCGAAUAUUGGAACUUAAAGACGAGGUACGUGCAUUUUUGACUGUCGAAAGGCACGAGUACGCGGAUUUAUUUGCAGAUGAUGAAUGGGUAUGUAAGUUGGCGUAUCUUUCUGAUAUUUUCGUACACUUGAAUGAACUGAACAGAAAAAUGCAAGGUAGGAACGAAAAUAUUCUUACUAGUAUGGAUAAGAUUCAAGGAUUUGUGAAUAAGCUAAAUUUGUGGAUACAGAGAAUUGAAAAUGGUUCAUUUGAAAUGUUCUCGACUGUAUGGUCACUUGCUUCCGGUAAUAAAGUGAUGAUGGAUCUAAUUAAAGAACAUUUACAAAUCUUGCAGCAGAGGUUUAAGAAGUAUUUUGGAGACAGUGUUGAAGAUAUCGACUGGGUUCGUAAUCCAUUCGUUGCGAUUUCAGAAUCUCUACCUAUUCAUUUACAAGAGGAACUCGCGGAAUUAAAAGCAGACAGAACAUUGAAAUUACAACUCCUCGAAGUGCCUUUGGAUACAUUUUGGUUGGCAGUAAGAAGUGAAUACCCGGCUAUCUCCGAGAUGGCAGUUAAUAUGUUAUUGCCAUUUUCUACUACGUAUUUGUGUGAACUGGGCUUCUCGACGUUGACUGAAAUUAAAACAUCAAAGAGGGAGAGACUCAGAUCUGUCGAUGAAGAAAUGAGACUAGCAUUGUCAAUGAUUUCACCACGGAUCAGCCAUCUGUGUGCAGCUAAGCAGGUGCAAAUAUCACAUUGA